AUGCAGCACGACCGCGACACCAUCUCGCAGUUUCUGCUGACCCACAAGUGCUACGACAUAAUGCCAGGCACUGGUAAGAUCGUAGUCCUGGAUACCGCCCUGCCAGUGAAGGCCGCGUUCGUCGCCUUGAUAGACAACGAUGUCAAAUCGGCUCCUCUGUGGGAUUCGGAGGCCGGCGACUACGUGGGCAUGAUCACCGUGUCAGACUUCAGGAACAUUCUUCGCCAUUUCCAUGCUGCCUCUCCUGGCGCUGACCUCGCGCCUCUCCUCGAAGAGCACGAGAUACGAAUCAUGGGAGGCUCGAUGAGCGAUGCCUUGAUUACCGUACGACCGGAGGAAAGCCUGCACGGUGCGGCGUUGGCUCUGCUGCAGCACCGCAUCCAUCGACUCCCGAUCAUGGACCCGGUGGAUCGCACGAUAUUGCACAUCAUCACGCACCGCAAGAUCAACAAUUUCCUCGUCAAGAACCUGGCCGGCGCCGUGGGCCUGCUUGCCAUGUCGAUCGAGGAGCUGGGCAUCGGCACCUUUGCCGGAGUGGUCACCGUGGGCGCCGAGACGCCCGUCAUCGGUGUCCUGGAUCUGUUGGCCCGCCACAACAUUAGCGCGGUGCCCGUGGUCGACGAGCGGGGCGUGGCACUGGGCGUCUACGCUAACUCGGACAUCGUCGACAUUGCGCGGAGACGAACCUUCUCCGACCUGGACCGGCCCGUCAGCGACAUCCUCCUUCGGCGCAGCACGCAGAGAGUCAUCCACUCGUGCCACCCGAAGGACCCCCUCCAGCUGGUGCUGCAGCGCUUCAACAAGACCAAGGUCCACCGCCUCAUCGCCACCGAUUCCCAGGGUCGAGUCCUCGGCAUUGUCUCCCUCUCCGACAUACUCAAGGCCUUCCUCCUCCCGCACACCGCCACCGCCACCGCCCAACCCCGGCCCGACCUCCUCCCAGCGCUGGCCGACCAGCACCAGCAGAUGCCCCACAUGGACGAACACAGCGCUUCCGCCAACAGCCCCUCGGAAACCGCCCAGUUGGCGGCGGCCCCUGCCCCUGCCUCCAAGUUGAAAUUCAACGUUAAUGCGCCCGCCUUCAAGCCCUCAUUCAAUGUGAAUGCUCCCGUCUUCAAGCCCAAGGCUGCUGCUCCUGCGACUGCGGCGCCCGAAGAACCCAAGGCCACCGAAGAGGAGGCAGCCCCGGUCUCCUCGAGCACCACUACUACCACGGCGACCCCAGAGCCUGCUGCGGCCGCUACGGUGACGACACCCGUCGCAGCAGAGCCCGAGGAGCCCGCACAUGGGGAGGAGGAGGGCGAAGAGGCCUCUGCUGUCCCCGAAACCACGUCCGAUGCCCCCAGAAAGGUAAUCGAUCCUCGCGACCACCUCAGCAUUGUACUCAUUGGGCAUGUCGGUUCCUCACGGGGCAAGUGGACCAAAGGACGAUCGAGAAGUAUGAGAAGGAGGCCAAGGAAAAAGCUGGCGGGAGCUGACGAGCGCGCCAAGGGCAAAACCGUCGAGGUGGGCCGAGCGCACUUUACCACCGAAACUCGUCGCUUCACAAUUCUGGACGCCCCGGGUCACAAGAACUACGUGCCCAACAUGAUCGGCGGAGCAGCGUGCGCGGACGUGGGCAUUCUGGUGAUCUCGGCGCGCAUCAACGAGUUCGAGGCAGGGUUCGACAAGGGCGGUCAGACGCGGGAGCACACGAUGUUGGCCAAGACCCUCGGGGUGAGUCGCUUGGUUGUGGUCAUCAACAAGAUGGACGACAAGAGCGUGAUGUGGUCGAAGGAAAGAUACGACAGCAUCCUGCAGAAGCUCCAACCCUUCCUGAAGCAGGUAGGCUUCGGACCCAAGGACGUGUCGAUGCUGCCGAUCUCGGGCAUCACGGGCGCCAACUUGCUGCAGCCGCUGGACGCGAGCGUGUGCGACUGGUACCAGGGUCCGUCGCUGGUGCAGGUGCUCGACGGGCUGCGGCCACCCAAGCGCGAUCCGGCCGCGGCUCUGCGCAUUCCGAUCUUGGACCGUAUCAAGGACGCCGGCAAGGUGUUCAUCGAGGGCAAGGUCGAGUCGGGAACAGUGCGCGUGGGCCAGAAGGUGGUGGUCAUGCCCACCAAGCAGGCCGGCGUGGUGCUGUCCGUUGCCUCGGACUUUGCGCCCGACCUCGACGGUGCGGCGGCUGGCGAAUACGUGCGCAUCGUAGUCAGCGGCGUGUCGGACGACCAGAUUCGGGCGGGCUUCGUCGUUUGUGACGCUGAGCACCCGAUCGUGGCCGUGCCCCAGUUCGAGGCGCAGCUUGCGGUGAUCGAUCUGCUGGAGCACAAGCCCAUCAUCUCCCCCGGCUACACCGCCGUCUUCCAUGCCCACACGGCCGUCGAGGAGUGCACGAUCAAGCUCAUCCUCGGCACGAUCGACAAGAAGACCGGCGAAGUCUCCAAGCAGAAGCCUAAGUUUGUGAAGAAGGGCGCCUUUGUCUCGGCCCGCAUUCAGCUCACCCAGCCGGUGUGCCUCGACACCUACAAGGACUUCCCGCAGCUCGGCCGCUUCACGCUCCGCGACGAGGGCAAGACCAUCGCCAUCGGCAAGGUCACGCGCCUCCCCGGCGCCCGUCCCGGCGCCAAGUAA